AUGUCGUUCUUGGAUCGUUUGGGGAGUCUGUUUGGCCUACCAAAGCCAGCGACUGUGCCUCCUGGCGCUGUAUUGGCAGCCACCAUUACCACGCCCGCAUCAUUAGGCUUCGUUCCAGUUGCAAUUCAUUUCGACCUUUUUGGUAUCUUAGUUCGUCAUGGAGGACCAGCCAGUGCAGAGGAAGUGGCCAACGCUUCUAACAUGGCCCGAUUGGAGAAUGAGCCACGCAUUUGCACUCAACUCGCAUCCGACACUCUCUAUAUCAUGUCUGGUCUGGGACUGGUGGAGCGCGUGGACGAGAACCGGUUCAAUGCCAACGCUGUUACCCACCACAUGGUUGAAAUGCCCUCCGCACAGCAUGGCGCAUUACAUUUCACAACCGAAGCAAUGAUGGCCGGUACAUUCCUAAUGAAAAAACUGCAAGACACCAACUUUGCCUACCCAUUCCACGAAGCAGAGGGACCCUUACAAUACGCCUACGAACUAAUGGGCCAAGAAAGCCUCUCCAAAUCCCACACCUACACCAUCAUGGAAUCCCAAGGCCGAAUGAACAGCUUCAACCAAUUCAUGGUCGGCAAGUUUCUCAAAUACGGCACCUUCCCCGACCGUCUCCAAACCCUAGGCUACGACCUGCGCGCCGCCCUCAGCGCCCCGGGCUCCGUCGCAAUUGUCGACAUCGGCGGCGGUCGCGGCGAGCUUCUCCUUGAAGUCCAAUCCGCCUUCCCCCACCUCACACCCUCCAACCUGGUCGUGCAGGAAUUCAACGCCGACAUCGACGACGUCCCCGGCGUGACGCUGAUGGCCUGGAAUUACAAGCUUAGUCCCGCGCAGCCCGUCACGGGCGCCCGGAUCUAUGCGCUGCAGCAUAUUUUGCAUAAUUUGCCGGAUUUGGACGCCGUGGCGCUUCUGCAGAAGUUGUCCGCUGCUAUGGCGCCCACGUCGCGGCUGUUGAUUGUCGAGUAUGCGAAGAAUAUGACCUAUACGCAUUUGCAUGCGAGUAUGAUUGCGCUUUUUGGUGGUAGGGAGCGCAGUCCGCUUGAGUGGCGGCAGUUGGCGAUGGUUUCUGGCUUGGAAGUUACAUUUGAGGCAUAUGUAGCCGGUGGUGAAUCGUUGGUGGAGAUGCGGAAGAUACGGAAAGUGGAGUUGGUGGAGUAG